AAUCGAUAUGGCAACUCUACAUGUGAUUACACUCCUGCGUGCGAGUGCGAGUGAAAUAAAUCAGCGUUCGGCUCCGUCGUCAAAAAUGGCUUUACUCGCGAGGAAUAUCUGCAAAACAUUUUCCCAGGCUGCUCAGAAGAGCACUAUUAGGACUCUGCAUGUAGGUGUAAUACGGCAGCAAGAAUCAAUAGUUGAACAAGAAGGAAGAUUGAAAUGUACCUUGAUACCAGGAGAUGGUGUUGGACCAGAACUUGUAGUCGCGGUUCAGAGUGUGUUCAAAGCUGCGGAUGUCCCGGUUGAGUUUGAGCCCUAUUUUCUGUCUGAAGUGAAUCCAACUCUGAGCGCUCCUUUGGAUCAAGUCUCUAAUAGUAUUGCUAGAAAUCGAGUCUGUUUAAAGGGUAUUCUAGCAACUCCAGAUCAUUCUAUGACAGGAGAGUUGCAAACCUUGAAUAUGAAACUACGUAAGAGCUUGGACCUAUAUUCGAAUGUAGUACAUGUGAAAUCUCUACCAGGUAUCAGAUCACGUCAUCAGAAUGUAGAUUGUGUUAUCAUCAGAGAACAAACAGAAGGAGAGUAUUCCGCAUUGGAGCAUGAAUCUGUCAAAGGAGUGGUAGAAUGCCUGAAGAUCGUAACAGCUACUAAGAGUCAGAGAAUUGCAAAGUUUGCCUUUGAUUACGCUGUAAAGAAUAAUCGCAAGAAAGUUACAUGUGUUCACAAAGCUAACAUAAUGAAACUCGGGGAUGGGCUUUUCCUCAAGUCUUGCCAAGAGAUCGCCGAAAUGUACCCCAGAAUUACGUUCGAGACAAUGAUUGUCGAUAACUGCACCAUGCAGAUGGUUUCUAAUCCACAUCAGUUCGAUGUUAUGGUAAUGCCGAAUCUGUAUGGAAAUAUCGUGGAUAAUCUCGCAUCCGGCUUAGUCGGCGGUGCUGGAGUCGUUGCUGGUGCCAGUUAUAGCCCCGAAUGUGUCGUUUUUGAACCGGGUGCAAGGCACACAUAUUCUGAGGCAGUCGGCAAGAAUGUUGCGAAUCCGACAGCGUUGUUGCUGUGCGCGGUGAAACUGUUAAAUCAUGUAAAUCUCAAACGCUACGGUGAGCAAAUCCGGGAAGCAUUAAACCGCGUAUUAAAUGAUGGAAAAGUGCUCACAAAGGAUCUGGGUGGGCAAAGCUCUACAACGGAGUUCACCACCGCCGUAAUAAACAGCCUGCGUUAACGAGAAUAUUUGUGUAAUAUAGAACAGAGAUACAUAGAUCCUCCAUCGCAAAAUCAUUUUUUUGAAAUCAUCUAGGAUAUCUGGAAUGAUUGUGUAAAGUGUAGUACACCUAUUAUAGAGUAUAGCUAUAUAUAAUUAUAUAUAAAACUAAUAGAAUUAUAAAAUUUGUAAAAUUGUGUAAUUGUAUAGUAAUAUACAAUGAUGUAUAUUUCUAUCUGCAAUAGUAAUGCAUUGUACGUUCUGUGAACAAAAAGAACUUUAAACAGUCUUUGCACAUUGCUGGUUCAUGCAUGGAAGUCCAACUGUGAUGUGCAAAUGCAUAAUUAAUUUUAUAAUAGACAACAUAUACAAAUUGUAUUAUAUCUAUAUAUAAUAAAUUAUGCUACCUUACA